GUGCGCCGACCGACCAAGGGAAUAAGCGGAACCUUCCGUUCCGACGCCCAUACGCAGCGAUUGCGGCAACCCAGCAUAUCUCAGAAACCGCUACGUCCACGUGGUCGCACGCAGGAGGGAAUGCUGUUGCGAUCCUGGUUUGCAGCUUUCAUAUUCAGGGAGGCGCGCGCAGACGAUGCCCACCCUGCUCGUGCCCCGGCGCGUUCCGCGGCGCCGAAUUGGCCACACGCCUCGACGGUCGGUCGGGCUAUAAGUGGAGCCAGACGGCGCCUUCCCGGCUAUGCAACCCCGUGGUCGAGUCCAUCCAGUCACGAAGAAGAGGAAAUGAUGCUCAACGGCGCCCUGCUCUUGCUCGUCUGCGCGGCUGCCCGAGCUGCUGCUUCCGGCGGGGACGGCCCGCUGCUGAACGGCAACUUCGAGCACGCGCCCAACAGGUCCCAGAUGAACGGCACGAGGGUGAAGGGGAAGCACGCGAUCCCGUACUGGAAGGCGACGGGGUUCGUGGAGUACAUCGAGUCCGGGACGAAGCAGGACGACAUGGUGCUGACGGUGCCGGAGGGCAGGCACGCGGUGCGGCUGGGCACCGAGUCCUCCGUCGAGCAGCAGCUCAGCGUGACGCGGGGCAGGUACUACUCCAUCACCUUCAGCGCGGCGCGCACCUGCGCCCAGUCCGAGAAGCUGCGCGUGUCCAUCGUCCCCGGCGACGCCUCCGCCGGCGAGCUCCCCGUCCAGACGGUGUACACCAGCAGCGGCUGGGACUCGUACGCCUGGGCCUUCAGGGCCAAGCAGGGCGUGGUGUCGCUCAUCAUCCACCACGGGGACGACCAGGUGGACGACCCCGCCUGCGGCCCCAUCGUCGACGCCGUCGCCAUCAGGACGCUCAACCCUCCUCACCCCACCCACCAGAACAUGCUGAUCAACGGGGACUUCGAGGAGGGGCCGUACGUGACCCCGGGGUCGCGGUGGGGGGUGCUGGUGCCGCCCAUGGACGAGGACGCGACGUCGCCGCUGCCGGGGUGGGCGGUCAUGUCCUACUCCAAGGUGGUCAAGUACAUCGACGCGGCGCACUUCCGGGUGCCGCACGGCUCCCGCGCCGUGGAGCUGGUGGCCGGCGUGGAGGUGGCGCUGGUGCAGGAGGUGGCCGUCGUGCCCGGCAGGUCCUACAGGCUGCGGUUCUCGGUGGGCGACGCCGGCAACGGGUGCGCGGCGUCGCCCAUGAGCGUGCAGGUGGCCACGUCGUACGGGGGCAAGCGCGUGUCCUACGACUCCCGCGGCACCGGCGGCCACGUGCGCGACGCGCUCGAAUUCAAGGCCGAGGGGAACAGCACCCGGGUCGUGUUCUACAGCACGGGCUACCACACCACGUCCGACAGCAGCGGCACGCUCUGCGGCCCCGUCGUCGACGACGUCUCGCUCGUCGGCGUUCCGCACCCGCACGCUCGCCGCCGGUUGCUCCGCUAGGAAAAUUGUGGAUUCUCCGGGAGAGAGCGGCUGGGAAGUGGAAAAUGACCGCGGAGAAUGAUAGUAGUUGCGUGACAGCAGACUUAAUUAGCAUUGUGCUUUGCUGAUGCUUCCUUCCAACAGAUUGGUCAUAAUUCACCGCAGCAGUAUCACUGUAAUCAGCUGGAACAUCAGCAUCAGGUGCAAUGUUACGUUUUUUCUGUCUUCA